UCCUACACUUCAUUGAUCUUAUAAUACAAGUUGGUUAUUUACUUUGAAAAGAGAUAAAAAUUAGAAUCAUGGGUGUGAUUGUUGAUGAGCAAGUACUCACGUGCUCAAUCCCACCAGCUAGGUUUUUCAAAGCUUUCUUUGUUGAUUCCAUCAACCUAUUGCCCAAGAUUUUGCCUACAAUUUUCAAGAGUAUAGAAUAUACAGAGGGUAAUGGUGGACCUGGAUCUAUUAAAGUGUUUUCUUUCUACCAAGGAAAUGAAGUGAAGCUCAUGAAGCAUAAGGUCGAGGAAAUUGACGAGGCAAAUCUUGUGUACAAGUUCAGUAUAAUCGAAGGUGCUAACAUGGGCGUUGUUUUCGAGUCUGUCAAAAGUGUAAAUAAGGUUGAAGCUAGUCCGGAUGGAGGGUGCAUUCUUAAAUCAACAGUCACAUGUAAUACAAAAGAAGAUAACGAGAAUGUGAUUCAAGAGAGUAUCAGAAAAUCCAAGGAGAGUCUUGUUGGAUUCUUCCAAGCUGUCGUGGGAUAUCUACAUUCUAACCCGGAUGCAUACAAAUAAAAAAGAAGACUUCAAAAGAUAGAGAUGACCUUUUGGUAUAUUAAGUGUGUGCAAUUUCAUGUAUAUGCAUUGCUGAGGCAACCAACUACUUAGCUCUAGGUGUUAUUGUCACCUUAAAUCAGCAAGCCAGUUUGCCUCAACUAUAAAGAUGCCUCCAUCUUAGGCAUUACUCCA